UAAAUUUCAACUUGAACUUCAGCUGUGAUAACAUUCCAUUUAUUUUCUUCUCAUAUAAAGCAACUGGCCGCAUCACCGAGGUCCAAGUCAGUUGCUAGAGAAAACCAACCAUCCAUUCGCCAUGUGCUCAAUGGGAAAAUACCAGUUGCCGUUCAAGCUUAACAACCCAGAUUUGCUGCGCAACGAGUCCUUUGUGCACGGCAGUUGGGUAAAGUCAAAGUCUGGCAAAACUUUCGAAGUAGUUGAUCCUGGGACCGGGCAGCCUUGGGCAGAAUGCCCCACUAACGACGCAUCGGAUGUAGACGACGCUGUGAAAAGCUCAUAUGAGUGCUUUGGGAGCUACCGAAAGAUCAGCCCGCGGGUUAGAGCCCAGAUGCUUUUCAAAUGGGACUCCUUAAUUAGAGAAAACAAGGAAGACAUAGCAACUAUACUUGUAUACGAGACCGGGAAACCUCGAGCAGAAGCGUAUGGCGAGAUCGACUACUCCACAGGAUUCACAUGGUGGUUUGCUGGAGAAGCUGAGAGAAUUCAAGGUACUGUAUUCACUCCGGCUUUACCGGAUCGACGAGUCUUUACGAUUAAACAACCCCUGGGAGUUGCGGCUGCUUUAGUCCCUUGGAACUUCCCCAUAGCUAUGGUCCUUCGUAAAGCUGGAGCUGCUCUCGCCGCUGGAUGCACCAUGAUCGUAAAACCAAGCCCUGAAACUCCCAUCUCUGUGCUUGCUUUGGCGUAUCUUGCGGAUAAAGCCGGUUUCCCAAAAGGGGCCCUCAAUGUCCUCACGACAGAUCUCAACAAGACUCCAGAGCUUAGCGAGGCACUUUGCCGUCAUCCUCUAAUCAAGAAAGUCUCAUUUACCGGAUCAACCAGGGUUGGCAAGCUUAUUGCUAAGAUAUGCUCAGAUAAUCUGAAGAAAGUCACUCUUGAACUGGGUGGCAACUGCCCUGUGCUAAUCUUUGACGACGCAAACAUAGACCAGGCAAUGGGACAGAUCUUCGCUCUAAAGUACCGACACGCUGGUCAGGCCUGUAUCACAGCAAACCGUAUCUAUGUGCAGUCAGGUAUCUUCGAAAAAUUUCUGGAAAGAUGGAAUGCCGAGAGCAAGAAGAUCGUUGUUGGACAUGGCUCUGAUAAGGCGACCACCAUGGGGCCUGUGACAACACCACGAGGCAUCCAGAAAGCCCUCGCGCUUGUCCAAGACGCGAAGUCAAAAGGGGCCACUGUCCACAUGGGCGGGAACAAGAUCUCGAAGAACGGUGGAUACUUCUUUGAGCCAACAGUUAUCACUGGAAUCAAGCCGGACAUGGAUAUUACAAAAGAGGAGAUAUUCGCACCCGUCUGUACCUUCAUUAAGUUCGACACAGAAGAAGAAGCCGUCAAAGCUGCCAAUGACACCAGCAUGGGACUUGCAUCAUACUGCUUUACGAAGAAUGUCGACCGCAUGUGGAGAUUGUUUGAGAAUCUCGAGGCGGGCAUGAUUGGGAUGAACACUGGCAAUUCUUCCGCGGCCGAGUCUCCAUUUGGCGGAAUAAAGCAGUCGGGGUAUGGAAAGGAAUCAGGGAAAGACGUUGCAGUUGCUGAAUAUCUGAUCACUAAGACUGGGACAUUUACUCUUGAGGGCUGACCGUAAGGCAGGCGAGUGGAUGGAUGCCCAGGACGAUAUGGUGAACCAAGGAGAACGGAAAGCAUGGGUGGAUUGGGGAACUUUCUUUCGUCAGCCUUACAUAAGGAAAUCUUCUCUGUAGUAGAACAAAAGGCUAUAGAGUCCUUGAAAGAUCUGCAUUGGGUUUUGGAGAGCAAUUGG